UUCGAAUAUCUUUUUCUUUUUGACACAAAUUUUUUUGGACCAAACUAGUCAUUUUCUUUAUUCCUUUAAAUAAAUUCGGCAAUCACACUACUCUAUAGCUCAAAGUCCUGAUCCUUUUUCUGCAAAAGUUCAGAAUUCACAACUCCUGCAUUUUCUUGUUUCCUUCUAAAUAUACCUGAAAAUCCUAUAGAGGAACUUUCUGUUCUUCCAAAUUUAUUGCCGUCCAAAUUGUUUCAGUUUCACUAUAUAUGCUCACUUUAUUCAACUUCUCCAUACAUGAAAUUUAUCUCUAAAUUUAGUAUUUGAAGAUAUUAAUUGACAAUGGAGUUUGGUUUGAUCAAUGCUGCUCUUCUUUCAUUUUUCUUCUUUCUUGGCUUCUGUUCUUCUGAAAAAGCUCCAAACUACUCAUUCAUGCACCAAGCAACUACAGCACCAGAGACUUCAUACUACGACUAUAUAAUCAUCGGCGGCGGCACCGCCGGCUGCCCAUUAGCCGCCACACUUUCUCAGAACUACAGCGUUCUUUUACUCGAACGCGGCGGUUCGCCUUACGGAAAUCCAAAUAUCACAAAUUUAUCUGCAUUCGGAUUAGUACUUUCUGAUCUCUCGCCAACUUCGCCUUCUCAGCGUUUCAUUUCCGAGGAUGGUGUCAUCAACGCGCGUGCACGCGUCCUGGGCGGAGGAAGCUGCUUAAACGCCGGGUUUUACUCACGCGCCGGCACAAAGUACGUGAACAGCGUGGGGUGGGAUGGUAAGCUGGUGAAUGAAUCGUAUAUUUGGGUGGAAAAUAAAGUGGCGUUUCAGCCGCCGGUUAAGCAGUGGCAAUCCGCCGUGCGCGACGGUCUUGUGGAAUCUGGGGUAUUGCCGUACAAUGGUUUUACAUAUGAUCAUAUAAAUGGGACUAAGGUUGGUGGCACUAUCUUCGACGCCGACGGCAGCCGCCACACGGCUGCCGAUCUUCUUGAGUAUGCUAACCCUAGUGGCAUCACUGUCCUUCUGCAUGCUUCUGUGCAUAAAAUCUUGUUCAAUACCAAAGGAGUGGCAAGGCCAAUAGCUCGUGGUGUAGUAUUUAGAGAUGCAUUAGGAAAGAAACACAAGGCCUAUUUGAAAAGAGGAGAAAUGAAUGAAGUAAUUGUUUCAUCUGGGGCCCUUGGGAGCCCACAAAUGUUAAUGUUAAGUGGGGUAGGCCCAUCAGCCCAAUUAAAGGCCCAUAAUAUCACUGUUGUAUUGGAUCAGCCCAAUGUUGGUCAAGGCAUGUCGGACAACCCAAUGAAUGCCAUUUUUGUACCUUCACCUGUCCCUGUUGAAGUCUCUCUCAUUCAAGUUGUUGGUAUUACUCACUUUGGCAGUUAUAUUGAAGCUGCCUCCGGCGAGAACUUCGCCGGCCAUGAAACUCAAAGUGAUUAUGGAAUGUUUUCCCCUAAGAUUGGGCAGCUAUCAACAGUGCCACCAAAACAAAGAACACCAGAAGCCUUGGAAAAAGCCAUAAAUGCCAUGAGUGAACUAGAUGAUGCAGCUUUUAGAGGAGGAUUCAUAAUAGAAAAGAUAAUGGGCCCAAUAUCCACUGGACACUUGGAGCUCCGAACCCGGAACCCGAAUGACAACCCAUCAGUCACCUUCAACUACUUCAAACAGCCAGAGGAUUUACAAAGAUGUGUAAAUGGGCUCAAAGUGAUUGAAAACAUAAUAGAAUCAAAAUCAUUCUCCAAAUUCAGAUAUGAUACACUUUCAAUACCAGCAUUACUCAAUUUGACAGCAGGUGCUCCAGUGAAUUUAUUGCCAAGACAUGACAAUGUUUCAGUGUCCUUAGAACAAUUUUGUAAGGACACAGUCAUGACAAUUUGGCAUUACCAUGGGGGGUGUCAAGUUGGAAGGGUGGUUGAUCAAGAUUAUAAGGUUAUUGGGAUUGGAAAAUUAAGGGUAAUUGAUGGUUCAACUUUUACUUACUCUCCUGGAACUAAUCCUCAAGCCACUGUCAUGAUGCUAGGAAGGUAUAUGGGAGUAAGAAUACUGAAUGAGAGACUUGCAAAAGAGAAGAGUCAUAUUAAUUAAUUGAUGAUUUUAUUCGUUGUUUUUAAUUUUGUUACCUUUUGUUGCAUGAGCUGAGGGUGCAUGGAUUAAGUACACGUAUACCACUAUAUAUGAUGUAUAUUGUCUUUAUUCUCUGUAAUAAUCCCAAAAAUUUAAUACUAUGUUUUAGAGGCAUGUGUGAGGUUUUGAGCUUAAUUAUUCUGGAGAAUAGAAGGGAAAUAUUCUGGACCGAUAUUUUGAUGCUCUCCCUCUUUCUCA